UUCUGCUUCUGCGUUUUUUUUAUAUUUUAAACGUCCAUGCUUUUCCUUCGCUAUUCCAGGCUUCUGUUUGCGAUCAGUCUGGCGUUACAGACCGUUCCUUUGGGAAACAGCUGCCAGAGAGAGAAUCAUGAGGGCAGUAGAGAAGAAACCAACAACGCGACAGUUCAGAGGCUCCAGCAGAAAACACUCAACUGGACGUGGGACGGCUCCAGGGACGGGAACGGGAGCGCGCAGGACCUGCUCCCCCAGGCCCGGGCUUCCCCAGAGCGUGCGCCCCCGCGGCCGCGCUGCUGCAUGAACGGCGGCACCUGCGUGCUGGGCAGCUUCUGCGUGUGCUCCGCCCACUUCACCGGCCGCUACUGCGAGCACGACCAGAGGCACAGCGAGUGCGGCGCCCUGGUGCACGGAUCCUGGACCUUGCGCGGCUGCCGGCUGUGCAGGUGCGUCUUCGGGGCCCUGCACUGCCUCCCCCGCCAGACGCCCGGCCGCUGCGACCCGAGGGACCUGCUCAGCUCACACUCGCCGAGGCGCAGCGCCUGCGGCCCGCUGGUGUUGCUCAGCCUGCUGCUGCCCUGCCUCCUCCUGCCGCGCGGGGGCCGUGAAGGGGAGCCCGCUGCCCCGGGCGCCCGCGGGGGCCCAGCGCCAUGCCCCUGGAGCUGCUGAGCGGGCGCGUCCUGUGUGUCCUCUUCAGUUUCCCGUGUUCUGAGUAAUAUAUUUGUUCCGUCCCAAUUCGUGUGAACUGAGGCGUUACGCCCACGUUUUUGUCAAUAAACAUUUUCAGGGUGCCUUCAGCCUGCUUCCCUGGGCUGUGCGUCAGGGCACGUGACUUGGCCGCACGUGAGCAAACACUGAAGGCCCGGCCGCUUCCACCCCACGCAUCCGUGCUGUGGUGGGGCAGACUGGGUGGGCGCCCCCAG